AUGGAUAUAAUUGAAAACAUAAAGAAAGACAAGGCAUAUAUGAAAUGCAAAUUAAUUGUAAAAAAUUGGGAAAAAGAUUUCAAAUUAAAACAUUCCCGAACGCCAUCGAAGUUUGAUAUUAAAGAAGCCCCUUCCAGUAUUAAAUAUGCAUACAAAAAGUAUUUUCACCUGAAAAGUGAAGCUCUUGAGAACUCGUUAUCAGUUUGUGAAGUUGAAAGGGAAGAAGUUGGUUCUCCAGACUUAAUACAUCUUGAUUUUGUAUCAGAUGUCAGGCCUUUAGAACAAGAACCGGUAUUGCCGUCUCUACCUAGUGGCCAAGAACUGGAGCAAUUGUUAUCUGCUUCAAAGGUACAAAAUGAUGUUAGUUCUCAAAACCCUUUUACAGAAAAUUUAUCAAAAAAAUUAUUUCAUAACAGAAAAUUUGCGUUAAGGAAUCCUAGAAAAUUCCAUUUAAAUAAAUCUCAAUCCCAAUCAGCAGAAGAUAACGAAAUAUCUAAAGAUAACAAAGAAAACCUGUUUGAAAACAAAUGUAGCAUUAAAAUAUCAAAUAGUGAAUUGACUGAUCCUGGCUCUUGUGCAUCCUAUUUUAAUGCUGCUUCAUUUGUAAGUGACACUAAAAUGCAUAUUAAUAAUACAUUAUUAAGUAUAAACCAUUCUAAAGAUACUUUAAAAAACACUUCAGUGAGACAAAUAAAUAGUGCAUGGUUAGAAAGAGCUAGUGGUGUACAAAAUGAACUUCACAUGGAAAAUGAAGUCAAAAAUGACAAAAAUAUAAUAAAUAAAUUUGGAUUAAGUAAUAUAGCUUUGCCUUCUUUAGAAAAACCUUGUGACUAUAUAGAAAAUAGUGAAUCUGAAGAGGAUGAUGUAGUAAUUGAAAAACUUAAACCUGCUCUAAAAAAAAGAAAAGUUGAAAAAAGUAUAAACUCCCUUGAACUACAUAGUAGGCAUACAGAAUGUAAAAUUAAUAUUUCAAAUUCAAAUAUCAGUGAAGAUGUGAAACAAGUAAAUAAAAAACAAAGUAAACGAAACUCUAAAAAGAUAAUAUCAACAGAAGAAAAUAAAGUUAGUGAAGAUCAACCACCGGAUAUUAGAGAGUACUUGCCUUUUGGGCUAGACAAGCAAGUUAAACCACUUAUAUCAAAAGUUACUGACCUACUGGAUGCUAUAGAUACAUCUUCCAUGUGCAUUAAUAAAAUAAAUUCUGAAUCAGAGCUAGACAAGUUAGAGAAAAAAAUUCAAGCUGGAACUAUUAAUGACAAUUUUGUGAAAGUAAAUAUAGAGAAAAAGAUUUAUGUAAGAGGAAAAAAAAAUUUUAACUAUUCAAAAUACAAAAAGAAACAGUGGAAAGAUAAGAAAGCCUUGCAUGGUGGUAUGGAAUUUCCAGAAUCUGGUAAAGUCUCCUGUUUCAAAUGUGGAUUAUCAGGUCAUAUGGCUAGAUAUUGCACAUCUCACAAAGAAAAUUCUCUUUUGCCAAUAGAAACAGUAUCUGAAGAUGAUAUUCCCACAUUAGGAGAUAUGCAAAAAAUUGUAGAAAAAGAAACAAAAAGUGAAUCUAUAGAAGAGGAAUUAAGUGCAUGUGUAUAUUCUUCCAGUGAAAUACCUAAUGAAUUCUUAAAAUUACUUGCUGAAACACCCAUAACAGAGCACUAUAGUGAAAUGAAACCAGUAUUUACUAAUGAAAAUAAAAACACAGAGGUUUUAUAUAAUGCAUUACAAAUGUUUGGACAUCAAUCAUUUCGACCAGGACAAGAACAGGCAAUAAUGCGUAUAUUAUGUGGCAUGUCAACCUUAUUAAUUUUGUCGACAGGAGGUGGAAAAUCCUUGUGUUACCAAUUACCUGCAUAUAUAUACAGUCAACAUUAUAAAUGUAUAACCUUGGUUAUAUCUCCACUUGUCUCAUUAAUGGAAGAUCAGGUUUUAAGUAUGCCUGAUUUCUUAAAAGCAGGGUGUUUGCAUACUAAUCAACCACCGACACAACGCCGUAAAAUAAUUGAGUACUUAAGAAAUGGAGAAAUAAAUAUUCUUCUUAUAUCACCAGAAGCUUUAAUAUCUGGAGAUUCAUCAAAUGGAUUUGCAGGACUAUUUAAAUCAUUACCUAAAAUAGCAUUUGCAUGUAUAGAUGAAGCCCACUGUGUUUCACAGUGGAGCCACAACUUCAGACCUAGCUACUUAAUGAUUUGCCGUAUAUUAAGAGAAAAAUUAAAUGUAAAAUGUAUUCUUGGACUAACAGCAACAGCAAGUCAAUCUACAAUAAAGAGUAUUAUAGAUCAUAUUCAUAUUCCUGAUGGCUUGGAAGGAGUGGUUGAAAAUCCAUCUCUUCCAGAUAACUUGUAUUUAUCAACAUCUUUUGAAAAUAAUAAAGAUAGAGCUCUAAUAACAUACCUAAAUUCUAAAAACAUUAGUGAUUUUAACUCAAUUAUUGUCUAUUGUAUAAGGAGAAAUGAAUGUGAAAGAGUGGCAGCUGUAUUGAGAUCAUGUUUAUCACAACCAGGAAAAAUAAACAUGGAAGUUGGAAAUAAAAAGAGAAAGAGAAUGUCUUACAUUGCAGAAGCAUAUCAUGCGGGUAUGUCAGCUGCACAAAGAAAAAAAAUUCAAAAGCAUUUUAUGGACGGAACAUUAAAAAUUAUUGUUGCAACAGUUGCUUUUGGUAUGGGAAUAAAUAAACCAGACAUAAGAUGUAUUAUACAUUACAAUAUGCCUGCAAGUUUUGAAUCAUAUGUUCAAGAAGUUGGUAGAGCUGGACGAGAUGGGCUUCCAGCUUACUGCCAUGUAUUUAUAAAUGAUAACAGCAAUGACAAAAAUGAGUUGUUAAAACAUAUAUUUGCUAAUUCGAUUGACAGACCUAUAAUAAGACGAUUGCUUCAAAAGGUUUUUAUAUCAUGUCAAUGUUCAAAAGAUUCUAAUAACUGCUCAAGAUGCAAAGGUCAUGAAGUUGGAAUACCUAUAGAUACCACUGUUGAAGAAUUAGACAUACCUUCAGAAAACAUAGCAACCUUAUUAUGUUAUGUUGAAUUGCAUCCUAAAAACUAUAUAAAAGUUCUUAAUAAUGCUUAUACUAUUUGUAAAGUUAUUUCAUAUGGUGGCCCAAAAAAAAUUUUAGAAGCUGCAAAAGUUUGUCCUCCUCUUGCCAUGGCUUAUCUAAUUGAAAACAAAAAAGAUCAAAAUGUUACAAAAAGAAGCACUAUUGAAUUUAAUGUGAUAGAAGCUGCUGCUGCAAUUGGCUGGGAAAGCGGCAUGACUAAAUACCAUUUAAAAAAUCUGGAAUGGGAAACAAUCAGUGGUUCAUCAAAAAGAUCUCAAUUAAAAGUAGAAUUUCAUACUCUGGGAUUCAGAAUAAAAGCUCAAGGUGACUUAUCUGCAACAGAACUUGAUUGUAUUUUAGAUGACUUACAUCAAUCUGUCCGCAAACAAGAAGAAAUUAGCCUCUACCAGCUUGAAGAAAUUGAUAAGGCUUUCAGACAUCUUUGUAAUUAUUCAGUAGAAAAGAGUGACUUCUCUGAACAGCUCCUGAUAGAAAAAUCAAAUCAAUUAAAAAUAAUAAUAAGAAAUUAUUUCCAAAGACAAAGUGAUUUGCCUACUAACAUUGUUUUGCCAGAAAGGCCUUUAGAUAUAGACCGAGCUAUUUCCGAUAUACGUGCAUUAAUUGCUACAUAUAAAGACUGCAAGUUUACAGGAAGAAGCAUAGCUAGAAUUUUCCAAGGAAUAUCAUCCCCAAAUUUUCCUGCUAUCGUGUGGGGCAAAUGCAAAUUUUGGAGAACUCAUAUACAUGAAGAUUUUCAUGGUUUAACUAGAAUAGCUACACAACAAAUAAUUCAAAUGAAAUGA